GCGUGCGUGCCAGAAGGGGCAGGUGUGCCCGUGCAGGAACCCCAAGAGUUGUGGUCUAGCGCCCGUUCGCCCGCGUGUCUGGGCGCCAGCAGCGGAAGCCGGCAAACGAGCAGCGCCGGUUGGGAUGGGUGCCGCCCCACUCCUUCUUUCCUUUCCCUCACUCGCUGCUAGCUAGUUGGGCCACGCGCUUUCUUGCUGAAGACCGCCCGCGGCGGGCUUGAGAAAGCGCGACGCGGCUGCUAGGAGGCACUGUGUUUUUUUCUGUCCGAGGCCCCGCACGCUGCCAGCACCGCACUGCUCCCGAGAUGCGUCCACCGCGUGUCUACUAGUCGGACUCGUGCUGCCGUCGUGGUCGCCGCCGUCGUCUAGCGCUCCGCAUGGCCCCCCGGCUCUGGCUCUGGCUGCACGUGGCAACCGCCAUGGUGGCAGUGUCGUUCCCUUACCGCCAUGAACGCCACGCUCACAUCAGAAGGUUCCAUGCAGAGCAUCACCCAUUCCUAGGCAAUUUUCUACUUAAUGGUACGAGCGGCAAAGACAGCCAUAUCGGCUUGGGUCGCCCAGCAGAACACACCACGCCUUACGAAGGCGUAGCCCAGAGCACGCCGCCGGGACGAAGUACGAGGCGACACCAAAGACAUCGGCAUCGGAGGCGGCUGCACAGUCGCAGGGUGCCGGACAUCAUCUACAGCUUCGGCAAUCACUCGGCGGCCAAGCUGUACCCGGGAAAAGGGUACCGCGUGGGGCCCUACACCGGCUACGUGGACGUGUGGACGAUACCGCGCCACUCUCCACUGCGGCCUCUGCUGGGGCAUCGAGAGACGCCACCACCCUCGCCGCCACGUCACCAGCGGCAACAGGAGCACUUCUCGGAGGGAACCGCCUUCGCCAAUGUGCUAAUCGCUGUGGAACCGGCCAACGCCGUGACACCUUCCCAACUGCGGCCGUGCUUCCGCUGCCCGAAGGACCGCACCGUGUGGGUGGGGCCCGGCUUCACGUGCGCCGAGGUGCCCAAGCCUCGGCUGCGUCCAUGCUCCAGGCGUAUGUCUCUUCCAGGGGACGUGCACAUUACAGCCACCGUAGGGCCGCAGCCGGGCUCACUUGUGAUGGAGGGUGUCUACCAGAUGAGCUUUACACUCCAGGCGCCAGGCAUGGCCCCGCAGAGCUGUCACUACAAGCUAAGGGUCAAAGUGCGUCGCUGUCCAGCACUACGGCGACCGCAGCACGGAGGUGUGCGCUGCAGCCGUGGCCGACACUGGGGCAGCCGGUGUCGUUUCUUCUGCAAAAAGGGCUACAAACUCGAACAGCGGGUGGCUACUCGCUGUGCCAUUCAUGACGGCGUCCAAGUCACAUGGACUCCUCACCCGGCACCCAUUUGCAGAGAUAAGAAUGCUUCAUCACCAAACGCUGUCACAAACGCCGUCGUUCCAUCUACAGUCGUGUUGACUCGGCCCACAACCGAGCCUAGCGUGCCCACGACGACUUCGAUUAAAAGGUUUCCCUCCACCCGUACCCCACGGCCGCCGAAGCGCCGGAAGCAGCUUGCCUGUCGAUGGCCCAAGGCGCCGCCGCACGGAUGGGUGUGGUGCGAUCGCGGCGCUACGCGCAAGGCCCGGGUCGUGGCCCGGGAAGGCACCCGCUGUCGCCAAGGGUGCCGAUGGGCCCCUCUGAACGUCGUGACACACUUCUCCUGCGUCGCGGGUGUAUGGCAAGGAAGGAAAGUCCUGGACUGUGCGACACCACCGGAGCUGCCCCAGACAACAGAGGAGCCAGCUCCCCAGGGAUGCGCACUUCCGGCUACGACUCCAGGCGGCCGCUGGAGCUGCUCGGACGGUGGACCGCUAGUGGCGCCGGGCGCCGAGUGCGCGUUCGUCUGCGACCAGGAUUACCAGCCGGUCGCCGAGAACCCCGCCCAGCUCGCCAGGCGCUGCCUCGGGGAGCACUGGAACCACACGGCGGUGCCUGUCUGUAAGAAGAGUGGAUGCAACAGCCCACAGCCCGGGCUGAAUGCUACACUUAAAUGUUCGGCCGAUGUCAACACACUGGGCAUGCGACCCGUCGGCACCAUCUGCAGGCACAUUUGCGACAACGGCUACGAGAUCUCCCAAAGUCAACUGCCAUUGGCUGAAGUCAGUUGCCUCGCCAACGGACAGUGGGACCGGCAAGAUCAACCCCAGUGUGUCGGGAGCGGGUGUGCCAGUCCCGCCAUUCUGCCAAACUCCGUGCUCAAUUGUUCAAACCCCGUCAAUCCUACCGGAAACUGGCCUACGGGAACUACAUGCAACAUUAUGUGUGACGAAGGGUUUUCAGUUCCGCCGAAUCAACACUCCCUCAACGAGAUCGUUUGUCAAGGGGACGGAACAUGGAACCAAAUGGCACAACUUGAAUGUAACGAGAGCGGAUGCGCAAGUCCAGAUCCAGUACCUGACUCAUCGCUGGAAUGCUCAGAGACAGCUAACCAUCUUGGCCGCUACCCGACUGGCGCGUUGUGUAAAGUUGUGUGUAAAGAGGGACUUGCUCUUCCACCGGACAUGCAGUCCCUUAACCAGUUUGUUUGCCAAGAGGACGGUACAUGGAACCAGACUCAAACUCUUGAAUGCUCCAGUGUCGGUUGUGCAAGUCCGAACCCAGUGAGUGACGCUUCGCUGGAGUGUUCUACGGACGCGGACCACUUCGGCAAGUUCCCUGCAGGCACAAUCUGCAAGGUAGUGUGCGCCGACGGACAUGCGCUUCCAUCGAGCCUUCAAUCCCUUAAUCGAUUCGUGUGCCACGUAGAUGGCAUGUGGAACCAGACGGAUAAGCUAGAAUGCCGCAACAGUGGAUGCUCAAGUCCAAACGCAGUGCCUGGCGCCUCUCUUGAAUGUUCUGAAAAUGCUGGAGACCUUGAAAAAUGGCCCCCAGGCACAACUUGCCAUGUGGUAUGUGACGAUGGGCUUGCACUUCCGCCAAGUCUGCAGUCUUUUAGCUCAUUUGUUUGUCAGGAAGAUCGAACGUGGAACCAAUCAGCACAGUUAGAAUGCCGUGAAACUGGAUGCGCUCAUCCUGAUGUGGUGCCCGAUUCUUCACUGAAGUGCUCCAAUGACGCCAACCACCUUGGAAAUCGACCAACUGGCACGCUAUGUGAAGUACAAUGCAAUGAAGGAUUUACGCUCCCUUUAGACCUUCAAUCAUCUAGCCGGUUUGUUUGCCAAGAGGACGGCAUGUGGAACCAGACAGUACACUUAGACUGCCUCAAGAGCGGGUGUGCCAAUUUGGAUCCGGCACGUGACUCUUCGCUUCAGUGUUCCAACGAGGCCAACGGCUUCGGCAAUCGACCUGCUGGCACAGUUUGCAAAGUUGUGUGCUCCAAGGGAUAUACACUUCCAUCGAACCAGCUGUCUUUUAGCGAAUUUGUUUGCCAAGAGGAUGGUACGUGGGACCACGAUACGCAUUUAGAAUGUCACAGAGUGACUUGUGAUAACCCACCGAACAGAGCGAAUGCUGUUUUGGAGUGUUCUAACGGCACCAGCCAAGAUGGAAAGUGGGCUGUGGGCACGCUGUGUCGAUAUGUUUGUAACGAUGGAUAUACUCUUCCGAAAAUGCAAGAUGGGCUUGACUCUUUUGUCUGUAGCGAAGACGGCACGUGGAGCAUAACCGACCAGUUGUUCUGUGAAGAAGCAGGCUGUAAAAGCCCGACGCAGGUGGAAGACGCUAUACUCAACUGCACGUCAGAGGCCAACAGUUUAGGAAGAUGGCCAGCAGGCACGAUGUGCUCAUAUGAUUGCAAAGAAGGAUAUGGCCUCGCAAAGAGCCAGCUUCUUUUCAACCGCUUUAUGUGUCACGAUGAUGGCACAUGGAACUAUACUGAAAAACUACGUUGUCAAAAAACUGGUUGCGAGGAUCCUUCUGCGGUCCAGUUCUCUAUGGUAAACUGCUCAGGAAGCGUUAAUACAUUAGGACGGUGGCCUGUGGCGACUGAAUGCUCACAUGUCUGCGAUGAAGGAUACGCAGUUUCUCGCCAUGAAGUUCACCUCAAUUUAUUUAUUUGCCUUGAUGACGGUACCUGGAAUCAAACCGAGGGUCUUCAUUGUCGGGAAACCGGUUGUCAAGAACCAGGAAAAGUGCCACACUCAGUUAUCAACUGCUCCUCCGAUUUUAAUGUUUUAGGGAAGCGUCCAUUUGGUACAGUGUGUUCAUACGUGUGCAAUGAAGGAUUUGCCGUUCCUGUGGACCUAGAACAACACAACCAAUUUGUUUGUUCCGAAGACGGUUCCUGGAGUCAGAAGGAGGAGUUGCUAUGCCUAAAAACUGGUUGUGAGAGUCCGCGCGCUGUGCAAAACUCCGUCCUUCAGUGCUCUCAAACUGUCAACGUAGUUGGCAACUGGCCAGCCGGGACAACCUGCGAGCAUAUCUGUGAUAAAGGAUUCGUAAUUCCACUAAGCCAACGCGAUCUGAACAAAUUUAUUUGCCAUGACAAUGGAAAGUGGAACGAGACUGACGACCUCCAGUGCGUCGAGCUUCGGGAUCCCCAGCUGUCUCAAGGCUGCAAGCACGAAGUGGUUGUCGUGGACGGACGUAACGUAUCGUUCCCGGUCGUCGCCGAAGCACCGAUGUUCGAAGCGUUCAACGGCACCAACGCUGUUGUCAAUUGCUCCGCCACACAAGUGAUGACCUACGGAACGCACAUCAUCGUCUGCGACGCUUUCGACUCGGAGCUACUGUCUAUGUCCUCUUGCACCUACAAUCUUACGGUGGUUGCCUCCGGAUGCCCUCCGCUUCAAAGCGACCCGUACAGCCGGGUGUCCUGCUCUGUCGAUCACAACGUCACCGAGGGUCAGCUGCACCCAGUGGGUGACGUGUGCGAGUAUAUCUGCCAGGAACACGGCUACGUCAUUCCUCAGAGCAAGGUUGACUCGGCCGUAAAGGAAUGCAUGCCCAACGGCUCCUGGAGUAACGACGACUUCAAUCUGUGCCAGAAGCAACUGAAACCCGUGUUGGUAAGUGGCUGCCAAAAAUUCGAAACCAGCACCAAUCAGCCGAACAACACGGCCGUGCCACUGCCCGUGUUCCGCACCGGUUCCGGACAACUAGUCAACGCCACCUGCACACCGGAGAUAUUUGCCGACUACGGCAAGUACAACGUCACCUGCGUUGCGGAGGACCCCGAGCUGAGGUCGCCGUCGACGCCCUGCGUGUUUCAGGUAAUAGUCAAAGGUGACGCUAUACCCCGACGACUUCGACCGGGCCAAGAUUGUGUAGACGUUGAGGAGGUUCACGACAAGUAUCCAGCCCACGUGAAGCUUCCCGCCUUUGAGGCGGCGUCAGGCGGCGUCGCCUUGGUCACCUGCGACCCGGCCACUCUGCUUGGGCCCGGCGCGUACAACGUCACCUGUACGGCUAGAGACAAUAAAACCCAGGCAGAAACGCAAUGUUCCUAUGUUGUGAACGCGAGGCAGAUCGAGCAGUUCAGGGAGUCGCAGUGUCUGUCUCUGCGGGCCCCCGCGAACGGCAACAUCCAGUGCAAGCGGCGCAAGGGGCUCAUCACGUGCCGCUUCUCGUGCCUCACUGACCACGUGAUGAACACAAAGUCGCUUCCCCUGCUGGCCAGGGGCUACGUGGUCUGCGACCGCGCCCAGGGAGACCGCUUCGACUUCCAGGAGGAGUACGGACUCGACGAGCUGCCCGCAUGCACGCGCCUUCCUUCGCCCACCUACUUCCAGAGCAGCCUCACCUUCUACGUGGGUCUGCCGAGCUGCACCCUCGAGGAACUGCACGCGGACUUCAUGCCCACGCUUACCGAGGCACUUCUGGACCGAGCGGCCGACGUGUGCCUGCAAGCCGUUUGCGACAACGUGACCUUCAUGUGCGAGACCGGCGUUCGCCGCAAUAUAUCCGAUCCUACUUCCACGUCGGAUGCUAUGAAGGUUGUCUGGACUGUUCAGGCACGGCACAAUGUCAACGAAAGCUACGACAUUCCCGAGGCAGAGACCAUGAUUGAACAGAUUCAGGUGCUCACGCACGACAUAGUGACUUCGGACCCAACCUUCUAUCAAGAGAUCGCGAAGGUCGGUGGUGACCUUUGGCGGGACUCGUUUCACCAGUCUGACUUCAAGUUGGUUUGCAGCAGCCGUGGCUUCACCAUUGAUGAUCACACGGCUCACUGCGUGCAAUGCCCGAGUGGCACAUUCGAGGAGCACGGCUCGUGCUCAUUGUGCCCCCAAAACCACUACCAGGACUCUGAGGGGCAGACAAGCUGCAAGCCUUGCCCCAAGCACACGUUCUCCUUCAAAGGGGCCAAAAUGAUUAAGGAUUGCACAGAAUUUGGCGGACCAUACAUGCCUCCUCCUGCCAGGGAUGCUCCUACGAGGCAACUAUACGAGAGGCACGGACCCUGCUCUCCAAAUCCGUGCCAAAACCAGGGCAUUUGCUACCUACAGAGGGGUGGUUACACCUGCCUCUGCCAGCAACACUAUCGAGGUCGCCACUGCGAGGAAUCAGCGUAGCGUCGGCGCCCGCAGCGGGUCUUCAACUACGGCAGCUCCUUGUUCCGGGCGGGACCCAGUGCUGAUUCGGGGAGUGAACCAAUAAAGGGCAUCUCGCAGCUA